AUGCUUUUUGCCGUCGGAAUUUUGGUAAUAUUGAUCGAAUGUGCAAUCUUUCUUCGGUGUGCGAGUAAGGACGUCUUUUUCUUGGUUGACUGGACUCAUUUUGAUAAAACGACCGAGAUUUUUAAGUCGAAAUUUGACAAAAAUGUGACACUUUUUUUGAGAAUUUUGGCAUGAAAAAUUUCAUGGCUAUUUCUACUGUAGAGGGUAAUGUUUCCACAAAAAAUAACUUUUUUCCUCGCGGAACUGGCAAAGAUAUAACCAAAACAGUGGGUUUCUCUCUGACCGCUCUCCCCGUUUCGCGUGCUCUCUCGGCGGCAAAGACGGUCGAAUAUUUCUGCUAAGCCUUCAAAGUAUGAGUUAAAUUUCCCGAAAUUUCUUAUGUGACCAAAACCGAAUGUAGGCAAAAUUCAAGGAAGAUUUGAGCGUCAUACCUCGAACACUUCUACUGUCAUAUUUCCAGGUAAAAAAACGAAAAAUCCGACGCGAAACAAAGGAAUUGUUGCAGCUCAACGGAGCAGACCUGGCGUGAGUUUGCAAUUAUUUUGAUGAAAUUUGGAGCAAAUUUAAAAUAGAUUUAAAAUAGAGCACAUUUAAAAUAGAUUUAUAAAGAUUAAAAUCUCUGACUUGCAUUCUACGGCCAAUUUUUUUUUGAUUUUUUUUGAGUUUUUUUUUUUUUUUGAUUUUUCUACUCUUUAGAAUUUCUCCUCCGACAAUUCUCAUCGCGAAUACCCGGAGGCCGCUCGGAUUCGCGGUGCGGAUUCGAGAACUUCGGCCGCGGACAUGAGCAAACUCUUUGAUCCGGACCCUCAAAAGGCCUCCAAAAGCCACGACACCACCGAAACUUCGCGAGAAAAUUCGGCAGAAGCCGCGGAAGCCCCGAAAAUCCGCGAAUCGGACCGCGCCAUGGAGCGGCUGAAGGAGAAACAGUCGGGCGUUCCGGCCAAACUCAUUCAGCAAGACGAACAAGAGCUGAGCAAGAGGCUGAAGCCCAAAGACUAUGAUCAGCGCGCCAAGCCACUGGGCAAAUGCAUGAGCAUGAUGGGGAAAUGCCAAAGUUUGCCGGGGAAAUGCAUGCAUUUGUUGGGGGUGGUGAAAGCGGAGGAGGAGAGGAAGAUUGUCACUCCGAAGAUUGGCUGCGAAACUCCGGAGACGAAGACCAAUUCAAUGGUGGGUAAAAUACGGGGAAAGAAGAUUUUUUUUGUACUCGGCGGGUCAAAAAGUCUUGACAUGUUUUCGCGGUGGCCUGCGCUUGCGGCGGAGUUGGACGAUCGGGGAAAAGUGCGAUUGGGGAAACUGAAAAUUAUUAUUUUUCUUCGAUGCAAGGGUCGAACUUAGGAUAAUCGAUGGUGCUGAUUUCGAAAAUGACACUCACUUUUUGAUAGUUACUUAUUUCCGUAAGUAGUACUGUAAGCAUCAAAAUUCAAAAGCUUACUAUACUUUGUUGUACUACUUAAGGAAACAAGUAAAGAUCAAAAAAAUGAAUGUAAUUUUCGAAAUCAGCACCCUCGAUGACCAUGAUUUCGACACGUGCAUCGAAGAAAGAUAAUAUUUUUCCGUUUCCCCAAUUGCGAUUGUCCUACCUGAUCCAGUGGCAAAGAAAGCACCAUUUUGUAUCCGGGAAGUGUCAGAAAUGUGGCAAAAUGCUUCCUUCUUCAAGUAAAAAGCCUUGUUUUAAAGGGCGCGCAUUUUCCCUCACAAAAAGAGCGCGCGCGCUUUUGAAAUCGGAGUUUUUUCACCUGGAGAUGGAAGCAUUUUGUCACAUUUUUGAUACUUCUCGGAUGCAAAAUAGUAUAUUUUUUGCCACUGGAUCAGGUCUCCCACUGUACUUUCCCUGUCAGUUGCAGAGGAAUUGAAGUUCAUGAGAGCCUCGAUACUUUAUUGUAACACAAAAUUUAUUUUGUUUCCCGUUUCAGCAGCGCCAGUCCAAGAGUUCGACAUCUGAUGCGGACAAAAAGCUGAAGUCGAUCACACCGCCCAAAAAUAACGACGGAUGA